AUGUCUGACUGGGAAGUACUGCUGAAGAUGGAAGAGGAAUAUAUACAAAAUAUGUGCAUGCAGUUACUAAAGUUCAAACCUGAUUUAGUGAUUACUGAAAAAGGGCUCAGUGAUCUUGCGUGCCAUUACCUCAGCAAGGCUGGAGUUAGUGCUAUCCGGAGAUUGAGGAAGACAGACAACAAUAGAAUUGAUAAGGCUUGUGGGGGUGUUGUUGGCUGUUUGAGAUCAAAAAAUUUUGGUGAUGAGUUUUUUGCAUUUAUUGUGGAUUGCAAAGAUCCGAAAGCUUGUACUGUGCUUCUGAGAGGUGCUAGUAAGGAUCUCCUGAAUGAGGUUGAAAGAAACCUGCAGUGGCUCUAUGAAGCUGCUGCUAUAGCUUUUGAAGCAAUCCCACGGACCUUAGCUCAGAAUUGUGGGGUAAAUGUAAUUCGUACAAUGACUGCUCUCCAAGGAAAGCAUGCUAGUGUCGGAAAUGAAUGGGUUGGCAUUGAUGGAAACACAGGUGAAAUUGUCAAUAUGAAGGAACGGAAGAUUUACAAUGUGAAGGCCCAAACGUUUAAGACAGCCAUUGAAGCAGCUUGCAUGCUUCUGAGGAUUGAUGAUAUUGGGCCAUUAUUGAAGUUGAAAAAAAAAACAGAAGAAACUGUUGGAUCUAUUUCGAGUCUUUGA